CCGAAGCGUGUCACGAAAAUACGAAAUCGCUAUAAGAGCGGGUCUCACGUGACCAUGAAUUCAGCUGUUACAGACGAGAAGCUCAGCAAGCGGAGCUCUGCUUCACCCUUCUGUUACUGGUGGAACCAUCACCAGCUCCAGCUUUGUAGCCAUUGAAGCUUCUGGGUAUUCUUGUUAUGUUAUCAGAGAUGAACAGAAACCCCAUGGAGACUGGGAGACGGCUUUCCGAUUCAAACGACGAUAUGGGUUUGGUUAGGCAAGAAUCAACUACUUGCAGAGAAUGUGGUAAGGGAUUUCAAUCGUGGAAAGCUUUGUAUGGUCACAUGAGAUGUCACCCUAAGAAGGAGAGGGUUUUUAACAGUUUGGGUGAUGAUGAUGAUGAUGAUUCAUUGAUUAAUGGGAAAAAUCUGCAGAAGCUGGUCAUGAAUAGCCAAUCUGACAACGUUAGUGCUGCUCUGCCUCCGAGGAGAUCGAAAAGAAUGAGGUAUUACAAGACUGCUACAACUUCUUCUUCUUCUUCUUCUGUUUUGGGGAUUGAUCAAGAUCAAAUAGAGGCGGCCCAGUGUCUGAUGAUGCUUGUUAGGGAUGUGGGUCACCGGGGUGGAUUGAAUUCUGUUGAUCCGGAUUCUUCCCAAACUAGUUCUGUGGUUUUAGAAGCUCAGAUUAGAUCGUCAGUUGGGGGUAAGAGAAAUCCUGGAAAGGGAGAUAGAGGGUUUGAUUUUGCCUGUGAUAGGAAUGAGAAUCUGGAGAGUCUGAAGAUCAAAAAGCUACAAUCUGUUGUUUCCGAUUCUGGGUUUUUGAGGGUAGGUCUCAAGAAGGUUCAAUCCAAAGUUUCUGUUGAUGGGUUUCUUAGGGAUGAUGAACUGAUUAAGAAGAGGAAGCUGGACGAUGGAGCUGGGUAUGUGAAAUUGGGGAAGGAUUUCUCCAAUAACAAGAAGGGAAAUUGUAAGAGAAGAAAUUUGGACUACUCUGAAGCGGAAUUGGGGAAGAAUUGCAUCGAGGAAGCUGAAACGGAUCCAGCUGAUUCAGAAUUUGGGAAAUAUAAGUAUAAUCCAAGCAAGAGAAGCAGAAGUAGAGACGAUUCAGAUUCUGAAAAGAGAAGUAGGUUUGAGUGUAGAACCUGCAACAAAACAUUCCAUUCUCACCAGGCUCUAGGAGGACACAGGUCGAGCCACAAGAAGAUCAAAGCCUGCAUUUCUUCGAGGAUCGAAAGCAGUGAAAACAGCACUGAAACAGAUGCUUCUGCUGAUCCCAAUAACAAGUAUUGCAGCAAUGAGACUCCAAUGGUGGAAUCACAGGAUGGGGACAUGGAUGGUGUUGCAGAGACUGCUGAGACUAGUUACAGAUCAAAGAAGAUAGCCCAUUUGGUUGGGGACUCUGAAAUUUUUUAUCAGAAACAGCUUCUAGAGAGUCAUGAUCCGCUUGAUCUUAAUCUUCCUCCUCCUAAGGAAGAAGAAAUCAAUGACCACAUGAACUUUGAUUCAAUCCAUGUGGGUCUGAUCUCUAACUAAGAAACUUCAUAAUGGCCAUGGUUUCCCAUGGAGAUGCAAGAGUGCUGUACAGAUGAGUUAGUGAAUGUUACUUUUAUUAAUUCUGUACAAUUCCAUUGGCAGCUUAAAGUGAAGUUUUCUCUUGAUCCAGCUCUUAUGGGUUUCUUUUCUCUCAUAGAGAGUUUCCAUUGUUGCGCAAUUCAAUUUUAUGUUUCUUCUUGCUAUAAGGAAGAAUUAGUAUCUUCUAUGUUGCAUAAGCUGAAAUCAAAUUCCAUUCUUUAUA